UCGACAGCAGGGCCUUGCUAUGUGGUGACGUCACCACGCUCUGCCCCGACCCCUGCCUGUGUGCGGCCAGUAGCGGAAGUUCCGUUACGUCGAGAACUGGGACAGCAAGCGCACCUCCUACAGUGUAUGUGUGGCAACAACAUGUCUUUGCCGCUGCUCAAGGAGGCUGCGACGGUGUCCGGGUCAGAGAAGGAGACCGCGGCGGUGAUCUUCCUUCAUGGGUUGGGAGACACAGGGCAAGGGUGGGCCGAUACUAUGACGGAGUUUCAGCUGCCUCACGUCAAGUACAUCUUCCCCCACGCACCCAGAAUUCCUGUCACUCUUAACCUGAAGUCGGUGAUGCCCGCGUGGUUUGACCUCAUGGGUCUCACCCCCGAUUGCCCAGAAGAUGAAUCUGGAAUCAAGAAGGCAGCAGAUAACAUCAAGGCUAUUAUCGAACAUGAGGCCAAGAAUGGAAUCCCCCCAAACCGUAUAAUGCUUGGUGGCUUCUCUCAGGGUGGGGCAUUGUCCUUAUAUACUGCCUUGACCUGCCAGCAUCAGUUGGGUGGUGUCGUGGCCCUCAGUUGCUGGCUACCACUUCACAAGUCUUUCCCAUCGGCUUCGAGCGGCAACAGGAACCUACCGAUCCUGCAGUGCCACGGCGAGAUGGACGCCAUGAUCCCAGUGCAGUUUGGUGCAAUGACGGCAGAAAUGCUCAAAUCCCUAGUCGACCCUAAGAUGAUCACCUACAAAACCUACCCAGGGCUCUCUCACAGCUCCUCUCAUCAGGAGAUGGAGGCUGUAAAGGAAUUUAUCGAGAAGCAUUUGCCCCGAAUCUGACCUCACCUCACCCCACUGUGACCCCCUGAGACACUGACCUCUCACCCCUCGAUCUGCCAUUCUCCCACAGGAAACAGCCAUGAGCACCCUCUCCACCACACACGUCAACAAAACAACAGACACACGCAUGAAAACACACACAUCUGAUGAUUAUGAUUUGAUCCACAACGCUAAACUGAACCUCUCCAUGCAGUCUCACACUCGCACUGAAAUCAGAUUUGUCAAAACACACAGAUUUGAUGAUAACGUUACCGAGUGCUCACGCUCACAAGUCCUAGCCUUUUCGGAGGGAGAAACACUGACUCACGCGAUACAUUCCCUUUGGUUUUAUUUGAACAACUUCUGUCUGACGCCUCCAGACGACCUGAGUUGUUCUCUACUGUUACCUCAUUUUGCUUUGACCUGUUUUUUUUUCAUUCAUCACUUCCUUCAUUGCUUCCACUGCCAUGACUUUUCUCGGUUGCAUUGCUGUGACAUUUAGUGGAAAUCCAACAAUAACUUUUAGUCGGAUUAGCAGGUGAACACCAGCCUGAUACUGUCAGUGAUCAUCAUACUGAGGCGCUGUCUGACUGGAUUUUGCUUCAUAUUCAUAUUCUUUCUUACGUGGAACGGGACGAGAACCGUUGAUUGACAUGCAAAAUUUGAGCCAGGUCGGAUUUCUCGUUUAGGUUGUUUAUAUUCUUUCUUAGUUAAUGCACAGUGAAUUGAUGCAAGCAGCAGAGUGCAAGGACAAAAUGUUAGAGAAACUGCUGUAUAAUUUACAUCUUUACGGACUGCUGUUAUUGGCCUGCUCGCCAUCAGUCAAUCAAGCAAUCAAUCAGUCAAUCAAUCUUUAUUCAUAUAGUGCAAAUUCACAAUAAAAGUUAUCUCAUGACACUUUCCAUUUGGUGCAGGUUAAGACCAUACUCUUGAAUUACUUUAGAGAGACACAUCAUUUCCCCCACGAGCACACGCUUGGUGAGGGGGGCGAGAGAAAACUGCCUUUUAACAGGCAGAAACCUUGAGCAGAUCCACACUCAUGCUAUCUCUUGCAGCUUUCUCACCUUAAAUAGCCCAUGUGAAGUUUGGUCUGACUGCGGCUUCGAUCCAGACUCAUCUGGUUUCCCACCAACCCAUCCAUCCCACUUUCUCCCACUCCAUGACAGUGCACUUCUGCAGCCUGCCCGGGUCUCGCAUCUGUAAUCUACAUCAUUUAAUUAUGGACGCCCCUUUCCUUUCUUUUUUAUUUUUCUUUAAAAAAAUUUUUUUAAUCAAAGCACCAACAUCCAUGGGGGCCUCACGUUUCCUUUCUUUUUUUUAAAUGAGUGUGAUAAAAUAUCAUGAAUUACGUGAAGGAAAACCAAUUGAAAUAAAAGAAACCUAAUCAAUCGAUGCUUUUGCCACCCUGUGCUGUUUAUUUCAAAACUUCCACACCUGCAUGCAAGCAAUCUCUUUCUGCUUUUUGUAAAAUUACCUCAGUUGAUUCCUUUUUAAAAAAAAUAAGAUUGUAGGCUUAAAGGGGAAUGACUGACCAGUAUGACUUGCAUGACGGUUGCAGACUGCACACCAUGAGUCGUUUCACUGUUCCUCCCACCGACUUUUCCUCUUUCAAACAUUUCAAGUUUUCCUGUUUCAGCAUCCGCUACCCACGAACAGCCUCCUCUCCAUUACUCCCAGUUGAUUAUUUCAUUUAAACUCUAAAAACUGCACUCUUAAUCUUCUUCCACGACACAAAAAUUUGCCAUUUAUUCCCACGAAAAUGUAACAAAAUGUUCACUUCCCAGCUCCCUCCUUUGGCAACUUGCUGUAACCCACUAAUAGAACAUAAAAGGUCAGAUUAAAAGUUAAACCUAACUAUGUUAUAGUUCACUUCUUAACAAAAAAAAUGGCUAUACACUGGGAGAGCUUUGGCAAGAAGCUGUUCCAACAUAACUGAAGGGUGAUUUUACAAAUUAAUCUUGAAAAACUUGUAAUCCAUGGAUAUAAAGAGUGUAACCCUGAGGAGUUGUGUGUGCUUAAUAUAUAUAUCAGGUGUUCUGCAUUUUCCUUUGUGAAUGUUAAUUUUUGACCUCCUCAUGAUUACCUGUUCUAUAUUGCUGUUUUUAAACCUGAAAAGGAGGAAAGACAUCCGUUUUGAUUGUUGUUCACUAAUCAAUGAAUGUCUCUUUUCUCCUCGAGUCCAUUAUUAUUUUCCCUCUAAUGUCGCCACUCUUUCUUCAGUGUCUUUCUUCUCCUUUUUUAAAACACACCGCCUGUGUCGAGGACGUGGCAGCGUCCCGUGUGUUUCUCCUGGGUUGUAUGUUGUCAUUAAAAUUUCUAUGUGUUUUUUGUUUAUUGGAAUUAUGUUUCGUUGUGUUUUGUCACUGUUGUCAUUUCAUCCUUUUUUGUCUGUUUAUAAUAGUGAGCAUUAAGAAAAACAUGUUGAGGGGGAGACAGGUGGUCUCUCCACUUUUGUUUCCAAAACACCUGUAUGAGGAAUAAAUGACCCAAAAAAAGUC